AUGGUCGAUGAUGCAGGUCGGAUCGAUUUUUGUACGCUGGGAAUGUUCAUCAUUGAUGAAAUCGAAUUCCCACCACCAAAACCACCCGUGACAAACAUUUUGGGUGGUGCUGGCACAUGGUCUGCUCUGGGUGCAAGAUUAUUCGCCCCGCCCCCAAAAUCAACCGCUGUGGGAUGGAUUGUCGAUUGCGGGUCUGACUUUCCCUCUGAACUUCGAGAGACUAUCGCCCAAUGGAAGACAGGUGCUGUUCUACGCGAAACACCUAAUCGACUGACCACGCGAGGUUGGAAUGGUUAUGGAGACAAUGAACAUCGAGCUUUCCGUUACACCACACCAAAGUUGCGUCUCGAUCAUAGCGCUUUGAUUGAUACACCAUUACUCUGGUCCAAGUCUUUCCAUCUUAUUUGUUCUCCGUCACGCUGUAUUGAUCUAGUGGAAAACAUUCUUGCGUUACGUGGCUCGAGCGAUGCUCUCAGAGCCACGGAUCUACCGAUCUUCAUUUGGGAACCGGUGCCUGAUCUAUGCACACCAGAGGAGCUUACGAAUUGCUUCAAGGCUCUUAGAGUAGUGGAUGUUGUCAGCCCAAAUCAUUCCGAGCUCGGGGCCUUUUUCGGCAAGGGCACCGACGGUGAAGAUCAUGUUGACUAUCGGUUGAUAGAAAGCCUUUGUAGUAAGUGGUUACAGAGUGGAAUUGGGAAAGACAAGCAGGGAUCUAUUGUUCUUCGCGCGGGCAAAGACGGCUGUCUCGUUGCCCGCCAAGGCUUCCAGAAAUGGUUGCCUGCCUAUCAUAAAUCCGCAGAAAAGGUAGUGGAUCCUACAGGCGGAGGCAACAGCUUUCUCGGGGGGUUAGCGAUUGGGUUAGUCAAUGGGAACGCUGCCCCAGGGGCAGGGAGGCUGGAGGAGGCAGCCAUGUGGGGAUCAAUAUCUGCAAGUCUUGCCAUUGAGCAAGUGGGAAUGCCCGAACUAUCUCAAAAUGCACAUGGUGAGAUGUGGAAUGGCACGAAUGUCGAGGAACGGCUUUCGGAAUUUAAAGAAAGGCUGGAGAUAUAUGUACAGCCAUAGUGUGCCCAGCAAACACCUAGGGGAUAACGCAUGAUGCCCAUCUAUAUCCU